AUGCGUGUUGAAACUUGUCACUUCUGUUCCCGCCCGGCUUUCCCGAGUAAGGGAAUCACAUUCGUCCGCAACGAUGCCCGACAAUUUCGUUUCUGUCGGUCCAAGUGCCACAAGAACUUCAAGAUGAAGCGUCAGCCCCGCAAGCUUAAGUGGACCAAGACUCACCGUGCCUCCCGCGGAAAGGAAAUGAUCGUGGAUUCGUCGCUUGUUCUGUCCCAGUUCGCCAAGAAGAGAAACGUCCCCGUCAAGUACGACCGCAAUCUCAUGGCUGCUACCAUCACUGCCAUGGAGAGAGUCGAGGAGAUCAGAGCCCGCCGCGAGCGUGUAUUCACGAAACGCCGCCUGGCCGGAAAAACCUCCCGCGAGCGCCAGCGCGAGGCGGACCGCAAGGUCGUCAACGAGGGCGAGCACCUCAUCCGGAAGGAACUCCGGGAGCGCGAGGAGGGUCUCCCCAUGGUGGCCGAGCAGAGCAAGGUUUCCAACAGAGUUCACGGCGAGGAGAGAGUUCGCCAGAAGCAGAAGAGCAAGCUUUUGGUGGAUGGUGGAGUGGAGGAGCAGAUGGAUAUCGACUAA